AUGAGACGCCCUACAAUUAUCAAAAGAUCCGGCUCGUCCACUUCACGAAUCAAAGAUUCUCAAGUCAUCAAGAAACUUGAGCGUCUGGGCGACCGGCCGAGGAAACGAGAAUGGACCAUGCUCAACCUGCUCCCAUCUUUUCUAUGGAGACAGCCAUCAAUGCGACCCGCCGACAACCAGCACCAUACCGUGUGGCUGUUCGACAACACUGCAUAUCAACGCGUCACUCUCAAGACGCCCGGACAGAGUCGGUCGUGGCAUGCCGAAGUCGUCGCAUGUGUCUUCCGGAAGGAUAGUCGCAAGGAUAUCAGUGCGAUCGUGGCGACGAUCGCGGACCUCAUCGGUCUCGAUGGCGAGGUAGGCACCGAGAGAGAAACCCGUCAUCGAAUGGCAGAAAGACUGCGACCAUUCCUACAUCACGUUGCAUCAGCUCAUUUGAUGAUGCUGGAAACUCCCCUGCCCAACAAUACCACGUUGAUACAGCAGAUCGGGCCUACAGAUAGUAACGGCAUCACUAGCCAAGUCGUGACCACAGGGAGCCGGCAGAUUACCGACGGGACAUCGCUACAAUCAUCCCUUCGAGGUUGGGCCGGCAAGGUGUCAAUGAACACAAUCUUCGCAGGCCCAGAAGGUUGGCUCGUCAUAUCUGAUAUCGACGAUACCAUCAAGUAUACCAAAACUUCCGAGUCGACUGGAAUCCUGCGAACAACGUUCGCAGAGGAACCAACCCCCAUUCCCGGAAUGCCAGAGCUUUAUUCUCACAUCCACAGAGAGCUAGUCCCAGCGUGGUUCUAUCUAUCAGCGUCUCCUUACAAUCUAUAUCCCUUCCUGCGGAGCUUCAUCCAUGCGCACUUCAAGCCUGGUACGUUGAUCCUGCGGGAUUCGUCCUGGUUGGACGUUAGCGAGUUAAUCAAAUCGUUCACCGUAAAUACGAUGGAAUACAAAAUGAGUCGUAUCGACAAGAUCCGACGCUGGUUCCCUCAACGACAGGUGCUCUGUAUCGGUGACUCGACUCAAAAGGACCCGGAGGCUUACGCCGAAAUCUAUAGGAAACACCCGGAUUGGAUCAAGGUCAUUUGGAUCAGAAAAGUCACUGAUAUCCCCCACUUAGAGGAGCAAAAUUCCCCGGAGAGAUUCAAAGCGGCAUUUCACGGUGUUCCAGACACUAUAUGGAGGGUAUUUGAAGACCCCGACGAGAUGGCGAGCCUGGUGGAAGGCCUUCGCCUCCAUUCAAAUCCCUAUAUCUCUCAGAAGGUGAAAAAAGUACUAAAAGGGCAAACAGAAAAAUAA